AUGUCAGCUCAAAGAACGUUAGAGUCGCAAUCGAUCACCUCCGGUGAUUAUGUGUCUGCCGAAGAGUCUAUAAGGACUGCUUCGGUAACAGAUUUUGAGGAUGCCUUGGAAGGCAGUCAUUCCAACCUCCCAGAUGAUGAUGGUACGGAAACUUUACAAGGAGACAAAACUGUCAAUGGUGACACUGGAUCUAAUACUGAUCACGAACCUUCCAAUGACUCUGAAACAACUACAAAAGAGAUCGAGUCAGGUGAGCGCACAGUAGAGGAUACUCCCCUGCAACCCACUAGAAGUAACGACGAAGAACUAGAUUAUGAUGGUUCGGAGGAGAAAGGGUUUUUCGGCAACGUUAACGACUUUAGUCAAAUCGCUUCCAGAACAAGAACCAAUCUGCGAUUGACGAGAACCGAAACUCAAGGGUUUCACGACGAAUUGUCCAGGGUCAUCACUUCUGCAAGCCGGAAGAAGGUGUCAGAGGAGGAUGAAGAUGCCGUGGAUCCAGCUACUCUUGACUGGGACUCUCCUGAUGAUCCAGAUAAUCCUACAAAUUGGAGUUCACGUAAGAAAUGGUUUUCCACAAUGACAGUCGCAUUCCUGUGUUUGGUGGUCAGUCUGGGUUCGUCGCUAUACGUCUGCGGUGUCCCAGAAUUAAUGAUGGAGAUGGGAAUCUCACAAGAAUUGGGAUUUGCUGGUUUGUCAUUAUAUCUGCUAGGUUUGUCGGUUGGUCCCAUAAUAGCGGCUCCUCUGUCCGAAUUAAUCGGAAGAAGGCCGAUUUAUAUCGUUACCCUUCCCUUAUCUAUGCUGUUUACAAUGGGUGUUGGAUUGUCUCCUAACAUCUGGACUAUCUUGGUGUUGAGAUUUUUUUCCGGAGCGUCUGCUUCGCCAUGUCUUGCCGUGGCAUCAGGCUCUAUUGUCGACGUGUUCCUCCCUCACGAGGUUGGAUUGGCCAUGGCACUAUUUUGUUUGGCCCCAUUUAUGGGCCCUGUGUUAGGACCAAUCAUAGGAGGAUUUGUUGCUGAAAACAAGGGCUGGAAAUGGACUUUAUGGGUCAAUUUAAUGUUUGCAGGAGCUUUGUUACCUUUCGUCUUGAUGUUGCCAGAAACAUAUGCACCAGUUUUACUAAAGAAAAGGGCCAAGGCCAGAAAAAUCAAACUGCAAAAACCACAAGUUGGCUUACUAAGAUUUUUGAUGAUCAUGCUCAGUAUUACUCUCGUCAAGCCUUUGCAAAUGUUAGUUGUUGAACCUAUUGUCAUCGUUUUUUCCAUCUACAUUUCUUUCGUCUUCGCUAUUUUGUUUGGUUUCUUUGAGGCUUAUCCCGUUAUUUUCAGAGGAGUCUAUCGUAUGUCACUAGGAAUUUCAGGACUGACGUUCAUUGGUAUCGGUGUGGGCUUGUUUUUGGGAACCGGCUUCUACCUAGUACUGAAUGCUCUCUGUUUCUACAAGAAACACGAUGAUGGCUUUGUUGGUAUGAAAGAUAAAGACGGAAACCAACUACCUCCAACUCCUGAAAGCAGAUUAUUAUCCGGUAAAUUUGGAGCUUUAGCCUUACCGAUAUCUCUUUUUUGGCUUGCAUGGACAUCUCGAGAGUCAAUUCAUUGGAUUGUUCCGGUCCUGGCAGGUGUGCCAUUUGGAUUUUCCCUGAUUUUGAUUUUCUUCACGGUUGUUACUUACUUCAGCAUGUCAUACCCACCACUUUCCCUUGCAAGUGCUUUAGCAGCUAACAACUUGGCUAGAUAUACUAUUGCAGCAGCUUUUCCACUGUUUACGGUGCAAAUGUAUGAUAAACUUGGGAUCGACUGGGCUACAUCUCUCUUCGCCUUUGUUGCUAUAGGCCUAGUGCCGGUUCCAUGGAUUUUUGAAUACUACGGUGAAUCUCUUAGGAAAAGAUCAAAGUUCGGAUUCGACGCUGAGCAAAAAGAGGAUUCAAGCCUGGCUUAA